AUGGCGAGCACUUCGACCAUGUCAGGCAGCCGACGGAAGGAAUUUACUGAUGAGGAUCGGGAGGAGUUCCAAGAAGCAUUCAACCUGUUCGAUCGCGACGGUGAUGGCCUCAUCUCAGCGAGCGAGCUUGGCUCAGUGCUUCGCUCGCUCGGACAGACUCCAACUGAGGCUGAGAUCCAGGCUCUCAUAGCCGAGGCGGACUCGGAUGGUAAAGGUUCUGUAAACUUUGAAGAGUUCCUCGCGCUAAUGACACAGCACGCGAAGGAUCCAGCUGAGACUGAGGAGGCACUGAGACAAGCGUUUCGUGUGUUUGACCGCGACGGGGACGGCACCAUCAGCACCAGUGACUUGCGCUACUUUAUGGUUACUUUAGGUGAAAAGCUCUCCGAGGACGAGGCCGAUGAAAUGAUCCGUAUGCUCGAUGAAGACGGCGAUGGUCGCGUCCAAUGGGAAGAUUUUGCUCGGCUGCUUAAAAGCAGUGUCAAUACUCAGUAA